AUGGGCCAGAUGACAGGAGACCUUGGCUGGCGGCUCAGCCUGAUGCUGCUCUCGUUGCUCCUGGCCCGAGCUGGUGUCUGGGGAUUCCCAAGGCCCCCAGGAAGGCCCCCACUGAGCCUACAGGAGCUACAGAGAGAGUUCACUAUCAGCCUACGUCUGGCCAGGAAGCUGCUCUCCAAGGUCCAGGGUCUGGCCCACAGCUUUGCUGAAUACCACCUGCCUGGAGUGAGCCUGGACCUUCUGCCCCAGGAAGAGCAGUUCCACAAUGUUUCUCUGACCUUCUGGACCUGGCGCCACCUCUCUGACCCAGAACGACUAUGCUUCCUCUCAAUGAUGCUUCGCCCCUUCCAUGCCUUGCUGGGAGGACUGGGGAAUCAGAGGGGCUGGACCAGCUCAGAAAGAAUGCAGCUGUGGCACAUAAGGCUAGAUCUCCGGGACCUACAACGGCAUCUACGUUUUCAGGUGCUGGCUGCGGGGUUCCACCUCCCUGAGGAGGAGGAUGGGGAGGAGAAGGAGCUGCUCCUUGGGGCCUUGGACAGCCCCUCACAGAUGUCAGCCCAGACAUCCUGGCCCCAGCUCCUCUACAUCUACCAGUCGCUGCACUCCUUGGAACUCGUCUUGUCUCGUGCCAUUCGGGACUUACUGCUGCUCUCUCAGGCUAGGAACCCAUCCCAGGCCUUGGGAUUCUCACUCUCCAGCUCUCAGCCCUGA